AUGACAUGGAUGAAGACUUACCGCCAGUACAGAGAAGCAAGGUCGUUGGGUAUCAAGUCUCCGCUUGCCAUACGUCUCAUCCAUGAUGGCACGGUCUACUUCCUUAUUCUACUAGUCCUGAAUAUCUCUCAGAUUGUGUCUUUCUUCUUUGCUGACGUAAGCAUUGUAAACUCAUUUGCAAACGCAAUGUCGCCGAUUCUGGUCUGCCGCUUUAUGAUGAACCUACGGCUAGUUAACCGGGGCGGACCCACUACUUCCGAAGCCAGCUCGUCCCAGCAGCUGGCUUCGCUGCGCAUGCCGACAUUCAACGACGGCACAGCGCCGAGUUUCAUGACCAACAUGGGCGAGCCCCUGUAUUACGACCAGAACGACAUGGGAGACGACGACGUACAAGACAGCAACGAGUAGAUUGUAUCC